UCUUCCUCUUACUUUCCAACUUCCGCAAAAAAGAUACAUAAAAGGAGACACGCACACAUAAUGGGCAUUGUCUUUAGUAAUUUAUGGAACAAGUUAUUUUCAAAAGCUCAGGUUAAAAUCAGCAUUGUCGGUCUCGACAAUGCCGGCAAAACAACCAUCUUGUAUAAAUUGUUACUCAACCAAGUUGUCACAACAACACCUACGAUCGGAAGUAAUGUCGAAACAAUUGAAUAUAAGAAUAUCCGGUUUCUCAUGUGGGAUAUUGCUGGACAGGAAACCAUGCGACCUACGUGGAAGACGUAUUAUGUUGACACAAAGGCCGUCAUCCUAGUGAUUGAUAGUACGGAUAAUGCCCGGCUCAAUGUGGCAAAAGAGGAAAUGCACCGAAUGAUGGAGAGCGAGCAACUCAAAGACGCAUGUUUACUGGUAUUUGCCAACAAACAGGAUGUAAAAGGAGCCAUGACAGCAUCCCAGAUUUCCGAAGCUCUCAGUUUGACUAGUCUCAAAGAUCGACAAUGGCAUAUUCAGGCAUGUUCUGCAUUGACAGGAGAAGGGUUACACGACGGUUUAGACUGGCUGGUUCUUCGAAUCACGGGCUCUUGAUAUCGUCAAGCUUCAUCAGGGGCUGGACGACAACAUACAUACCCAACACCCGCGCACAUUCUAUUUGGUAUGCGACAUGCUACAUAUAUAUACAUAUCCUAUCUACUACAUCUCAAGAAGGCCCCGCUUGUAAAUAUACUUUGUUUAAGCAACAUAACGAAAACAACUAUGUUUAGAUUAUACGUGGAUAUCAUUCUAGAAGGGCUAGAACCGACCAUGCUAAAGAGGGUUAGUAGUGCCAAGAAGCAGGACGUUUCCAAAGUAAAUAUGGAAAAACAACCAAAAAGCAAUUUGAAUUGUAUGUAAAGCUAUUUAAUGACUAUGUACAAGUUUGAUACAAGCAACAGCGGGGUUGCUUUUUUAUUCAA